UACACCCCCACUGGCCAAACCUAAAGUGGGCCAAUGGGGAAAUGGCCCUGUCCUCUCUCCAGGAUCCCUAGGCAUGGGUCCCAGAAGGUUGGAGGUCUUUGAAUGCCUGCACAGGAAGAUCAGCAACGAGGCUUGCAUGUUCCUGUUCAGCUUCAGUUUCUUUUAAUGCCAGAAGAGACUGAGGAUGGUAGCUUAGCAUUCUUGCUGCUUGCUUUCUACAUCCCAGGAGACAGAUGUGGGCACCAUCCCACCCUCAAGCAAAUGAGAAUGAGCCACUGACCUCAGGUCACCCAGAGAGCGACAAGGCACAUGGGUUCACAUCAGGCUCCAGGUGGGCAGCGACCAUUUACCAUGGCCUCAUGCCACAGUGACACAGGGUAAACAAGACAAAUUCUUCACCUUCAAGCCACCUACAGUCUAGUGGAAACACAAAAGCCAACAGCAAAAUUUCAGUUACUGUCAAGUGCUUUGGAGGAAGUGAGACAGCACUUCUCCAGCCUGGAAUUAGCCUAUUAGGAGAUCAGAGAAAGUCCCUCAAAGGAGAAGACUGACAAGAAGAGGGUGGCAGGCUCCAUGAGUAGCUGGCAGAAGGACACUCCCAGGAGCAGGAACCGAGCAAUGCAAUGGGCCUCAGGCAGAGCAAGCAGAAAGAGAGAGGAUUAGCAGGAUUUUGGUAAUAACAUGCUGGAAGCUAGGUGCUGAGCGCCUUCUGGGACUCACUCCAUAAAGCCCCAUUUCUCAGACCUGGAAAACGAGGCACAGAGAGGUGAAACAACUUGCCCCCAAGGCCACAGAGCUAGUGGAGGAGGCAGGGUUCACCACCAGGUUGUCUGGACCCUUAUCUUGAACCACUCUGAAAUGACUGAGAGAGACGGACAGCACAGCAGCCAGAGUCCUACAAAGUCUCAUAAACUGAAAAUAAUAGUUAAGAAUAAGGUCCACGGUGUAACCCGCACCUUGGGAGGGGCAACCCCACAGCCAGUUAUAGCAAAGCACAGAUGCACACAGAUACUUCUUCCCUUCAUCUCACCCAGGCAAGUGCCCCAGCAGCCUAGCUCAGCCAUAGCUCUGUACAUAAGGGCACGCAACAGCUAAGCCGUUCCUGACUUGAUGUCCAAAUGCUGGCAGGCAAUGGGGAUCAAACAGCAAGGAUGAGACCUUGGCUUCUCUGGGACUCUACCCCUGGGGACUGCCCAUAUCUGCUCCUGAGUUUGGGGGCAGGAGGGCAACCGCCCCAAGAAAUCUCUCCGGCGAUGGGAGCCACCCGCCUGCUGCCCAACCUCACUCUGUGCUUGCAGCUACUGAUUCUCUGCUGUCAAACUCAGGGGGAGAAUCACCCGUCUCCUAAUUUUAACCAGUACGUGAGGGACCAGGGUGCCAUGACUGACCAGCUGAGCAGGCGGCAGAUCCGUGAGUACCAGCUCUACAGCCGGACCAGUGGCAAGCACGUGCAGGUCACCGGGCGUCGCAUCUCUGCCACCGCGGAGGACGGCAACAAGUUUGCCAAACUCAUAGUGGAGACAGACACGUUUGGAAGCCGUGUGCGCAUCAAGGGUGCUGAGAGCGAGAAAUACAUCUGUAUGAACAAGAGGGGCAAGCUCAUCGGAAAGCCCAGUGGGAAGAGCAAAGACUGCGUGUUCACAGAGAUCGUGCUGGAGAACAACUACACGGCCUUCCAGAAUGCCCGGCACGAGGGCUGGUUCAUGGCCUUCACCAGGCAGGGUCGGCCCCGCCAGGCUUCCCGCAGCCGCCAGAACCAGCGAGAGGCUCACUUCAUCAAGCGCCUCUACCAGGGCCAGUUACCCUUCCCCAACCACGCUGAGAGGCAGAAGCAGUUCGAGUUUGUGGGCUCAGCCCCCACCCGCCGGACCAAGCGUACUCGGAGGCCACAGCCCCUGACGUAGUCAGGGACACUGGGGGCAGCUGCCCCUCACCAGCCUUCCCAUCCCCUUCCCUUCCUAAUCCCAAGACUGGGCUGGGGUGGAGGGAGGGGAGUCAGAGCCCCCAAGGAGGAAGGACCCUGAGGAACUACAAGCGUCAGAGCCUCAAGCCAGAAAGGGGACAGGACUGCCACAUAGCAGGGCUGGGGCGUCAGGGCAGCUGCCCCAGACCCAACAAUGGAAUAGGCCCCGGGGGGGAGGGGGGAUGGCAGACCCCCAGGAGAGGAACUGUAGUGUUACCCUGGACUCAGGCUCCCUGAAAUAGGCGAAAAGGGCAGCAGGUUCAAAGCCUUGCAGACACUGGAGCUGGCUCUCUUUAAAUUCUCCCCAAAUCUUCUUCAGUCUGCCCCCAGCCUCCAGUUUCCUCCUGGCCAGACUGUAGGAAGGGACUUUUGUGUUUAUUUCAGGAAAAAAGAAAAAAAAAGAGGGUUGGCCAUUCUUCACAUUCCACUACCCAGGCCUGCACCCCUAUCCUCGACUUCGA